AUGUCACUACUCUGUUCCGCAGCGGUGAAGGUGGUCGUCUUGUUAUUCAUGUAUGCUCCGGGUUUGCAUUUAUUAAGGAGCUGCCUUCUGCUGGGACUAACCGAGCAUCAGAUUCGGAAUGACAACCCUGAACCGAGCACAGGUACCAUCCUGGUGGCUCUUGGUGACAGUUUCGAGAAUGCCCUCGCCGCCGUCAUGUAUCAUGCUCGCUCCAUGGUUUCUGCUGAGGGCGUCCUACCGACCAAGACAGCAGAGGAUGUCCUUGUUGAUGGUGUCGUACAGCCAGAAUGAAUUCUCACGGAACAAGCAGGCACAUGGAACUCUCUUGGUCAACGAUUGACAGAAGAGAAAGUGAUGAAUGCCAUUGACACAUUGGCUAAGAACAAAAUUCAAAUCUCACAUGUUAUUAUUGACGACAACUGGCAAGACAUUGAGUACAAACAGAGCCAGUGGGAUUCUGGUUGGAAAGAUUUUGAGGCAGAGCCCAAAGCCUUCCCAAGAGGUUUGAAACGCUUAGUUUCAGACAUCCGCUCUAAGCACAAGAGCAUCCAGCAUGUCGCCGUCUGGCAUACUAUCGUGGGUUAUUGGGGCGGGAUCUCACCAAAUGGGCAACUUGCUCGACGAUACAAAACUGUACACGUUUCCUGCGACUACAAAGAUUCGUCCCAGAAGCCAGUCCAUCAGGAUAUGAUUCUUAUUUCGAAAGAGGAUGUCAAGAGAUUCUAUGACGACUUUUACCGCUUCCUCUCCUCAUGCAACAUAAACGGAGUCAAAACGGAUGGCCAAUACCUCCUGGACACACUGGUCUCUCCAACGCACCGUCGGGACCUGAUCAAAUCUUAUCUUGACGCCUGGACAUCCUCACACCUGCGUCACCUCAAUGGCAACGUUAUUUCAUGCAUGUCCCUCGCGCCGCCCAUCACAUUUCAUUCCCAGCUUCCUGUUAACCGUCCAACUUUCGUCUGCCGGAACUCCGAUGACUACUUCCCUUCCGACGCAUCCUCUCACCCUUGGCACGUCUGGGCCAAUGCUCACGUCUCGCUGUUCAGCCAUCAUCUUAACGUACUCCCCGACUGGGACAUGUUCCAGACUAAACCUCCCACAGACGAGGACGUUGACUACUCCGCCUUCCAUGCUGCCGCUCGCUGUGUCAGUGGGGGGCCCAUCUACAUCACCGAUGUCCCUGGGCGCCAUGACCUGAAGUUAAUCCAACAGAUGACAGGGGUAACUCCUCGAGGAAAGACUGUUAUCUUUCGACCCAGCGUUCCUGGACGGUCUCUUGAUGUCUACGUUGGUUAUGAUGAUCGCAACAGCGCCACUGCUACCCUGCUAAAGGUUGGAGCAUACCAUGGCCGUGCGGCGCCGCAUGGAAUUGGGAUUAUUGGGGUGUUCAAUGUGACCGAACGACCGGGGAAUGUCACGGAGGUGUUGCCUUUGAAUAAAUUCCAUGGGGUUGUUGCCACCCUAAAUAAGGAUGGGCCUCCUCUCAAGUACGUGGUGCGGUCUCAUGUUUCUGGAAAGGUGACAAAGCCCAUGGCUGUUGAUGACGGGCCAUCAGCUGGUGUUGUAGUGUCACUGGAAGCCAGGGGCUGGGAUGUGCUGUCUGCAUAUCCACUAUUAACUGUGACUCCCUCAAAGGGAACAGAAGAGGUAUCGCUGGCGAACCUGGGGCUGUUGGGAAAGAUCACUGGGUGUGCUGCGGUCUUGGGGACUUCGGUGAAGGCCUUGGAAAACGGAAGAAUUUUGAUAAAUGCGACAGUGAAGGCUCUUGGGGUCUUGGGGAUCUAUAUCUCGAUACUUCCUAGAUUGUCGAUUGAAAACGAUUUCCUCAUCACAAUUCAAGGACAAACCAUCCCGGUGCGCACUGUUUCGGUUAGCAAACAGAAUCAGCAUGUUCUUGAAAUCGACGUCGAAACAGCCUGGAAGGAGAUGAAACUUGAUAGUGGAUGGGCGAACGAGUUGACAGUCAAGGUGUAUUUCUCAGCGAGGAACUGA